AAUAGGACGUAGAGCGAUAAUGGCAACAGAUGAGCAACUUGGAGACAUGACCUCCAUGGCCAAAGCAGCCAAUGAGGACUGCUAUCUGGAAAAACAUCUCAACUGCCCCAUCUGCAUGCAAACAUUUACUGAUCCAGUGACCACAUCUUGUGGCCACUCCUUUUGUAAGACAUGCUUAGAACUAAGUAUCUCCUCUAAUCAGGUUGAUAGGACAUGUCCUCUUUGCAAAACGUACCUAAGGGAAGCCCCAAUGGUUAAUACUAUCCUGAGAGACAUUGUCCAAGAAGUACAAGACUUAUUGAGUAAUAGGUGUACGGGGGCUUCUGGAGAAGUGCCCUGCGAUGUCUGCAUAGAGCCGAAGAACAAGGCUGCAAAGUCCUGCCUUAUAUGUCUGACCUCAUACUGUUCAACACACUUGAAGAAUCAUGCUUUAGCUGAUCGGCUGAGGGGCCACACACUGGUGGAACCAGUGGAGAACUUAGACACAAGGUCCUGCCUGGCACAUGGAUACCCACUUGAGCUUUAUAGCAGGAAACAGCAAAAGUGCAUUUGCGCUCGAUGUUUGGAUGAACCUCUGGAGGAAGUUGUGUCCGCUGAAGAGGAAUGUAAAAAAAAAAAGGAUCAAAUAGGAAACACCAAGACAGAGUUACAACAUAGGAUUAUGACAAGAAGAACAAAGAUUGAAGAGAUCAAUGAAGCUUUUAAGAGUUGUAAGGGGCAGAUUGAGAAAGAGUGGUGGGAUAUCAACAGUCUGUUUACAGCUGUGCUCGCUGUUGUGGAGGCAGCCAAAGCAAAAGCCCUGAGCCCACUUGAAGAUAAGUUGCAGUUAUUAAAAAAAGAGUCAAAUGACAUGAAAUACGAUUUGGAGGAUGAAAUCAAAAGACUCGAGACAACAAUUCUAAAACUAGAGGAAAUAUCUGCACUCGAAGAUCACAUCCUUUUCUUACAGAGGUACCCAUCUCUCAUAGUGCAGGACGACAUGAAAAACUGGACGCAUGUUAACCUUAACACAUCACUGUCUUUUGGUUCUAUGAGGGAAACAAUAGCAAUGAUUGAAGAUAUUCAGAUGGAGUUGGAAAAGAUGGCCACCAUUGAACUUAUGAGGUUCCCAAAGUAUACAGUGGACGUGAAGCUGGACCCAGACACUGCACACCGGCGCCUUGUUCUUUCUAGUGAUGGGAGCAAAAUGAAAGAUAGUGGAGAAAACCAAAUGGUGGCUGAUUCUCUGAAGAGAUUUGAUGUAGUUGGUAGCGUCCUGGGACACAACAGCUUGACGACUGGGAGGUCUUACUGGGAAGUGGAGGUCAGCAAUAAAACCGGAUGGGAUCUAGGUGUAGUCAGAGGCAGUGCUAAUCGUAGGGGAAGACCAAAUUUAAGCCCGGAAAAUGGGUACUGGGUUCUUGUACAUUUUGAAGAGUGUGAUGUACCUCAACCAUAUGCAGAUUAUGCAGCCAUGACCAGCCCACCAAUUUCUCUGUCCCUUAAAGACAAACCGAAAAAGGUCGGGGUGUUUUUGGACUAUGAAGAGGGCCUCCUGUCCUUCUACGAUGUGACAAACAAGUCUCAUAUUUACACAUUCUCCAAGUGCUCAUUCAGUGACGAGAUUUACCCAUAUUUCAGUUUACAUAUGAAAUAUGAGAUCAACUAUGAACCCAUGAUUAUUUCAAAAGUAAAAAUCUAGAUUGGCUCAAAUUCUAGUUUUUCUUUCUAGAAACUAAAGCUUUAGGGGGAAAAGUUGUAGGUGGCUGGUUUAGAAUUCAACUUCACAUUGUUCAUUAAAAUUAAUGAAAAUGUAUAUGGAAAUGGGCACAUGUGUGCUGCAUUCUAGGUUCAAAGAUCAAGGUGUCCUUAUUACUGACUAGAGUCUAUUCAUAUUAAAGUAGUGUAGGAAAGCACUUUUAAAUGCAACCAACUUUUUAGAACCAUGUUUUAUCACUUUUAAGGUUAAGGCAAAAUGAAUCGAAGUUAAGAAGAAUGUGUAUCUGAUGUUUAUAGUUUGAUGUUAAUGUUUUUUUUUUUUCUUAAGUUUUACCUUAACUUAGAUUAAACUUAUUGGUUGCACUCCUUUAAAAAUACAUAAAUGUGAUUAUCAAGCUCUAAAUUGUUAAGGUUAGGCUAGUCUCACACUCAUUUUAUCAAUUUUAUGAAAACUCUUGGAUUAACUUUGGUGCUAAGGGUACUUUCUCUCCUUUAAAACAAAACUGCAAAAGUUUCUAAUGAUUUCACCAGGUACUGUGUAACUAUUCCUAAACAUACAUUACACCAUCGUCAAGAGACUAUUAUUGUUUAUAUUUUGUGAUGAUGUGAUUCAAUGCUGGACCCUGAAACAGACCGCUGAGUGAUUACAACUGAUGGUUUCGGCACAGUCUAUCUAAACCUUGGAGGGAUGUGAACCCAUUUCAAAAUGUUAAAAGCAUUCAACCAGUACAAAUGUCUGUGAUUUUACUUCUGUCUUCCUUAUUGUCUUUUAGCACAGAAAUAAAACUGAAGCUUACAAACAAUAUGAAUUUGACUGUAUGAUCUGGUUGAAUUA